AGAAUUUCACGACGCUUUUGUUAAAAAAAGAAUUUGUUCUAGGGGACCUAAGGAACAGGAGUUAAAGGAAAAAUACCGAGACCGGAUUCACGGUUAAUUUUUCUUUUUUGUGAAGCACAUUUCUAAGUCUAUAAGUUUCUUACUAGAUGAGCUAACGGGGUCAAUCAAUCGUCAUUUUGUAGAGCGUUUUUUACUGCAUCUUUUCUUCAUAGAGACAAAUUUACAACCACUUGUUUCACUAUAGAAAAAUGUAUUAUUCAAACCGAGUCAGGACUUCUGGCCCACCCUUUAUCUUGUUUAAUUGACUUAGUAGACAAAAGCAUCGAAGUUUUCUUUUUCUUAUUAGACUCAGUUAACAGUGAUCCAUUAUUAGCAGCACAUUUCCCACGAAUAACAGUUUCACCUACAUUACCAAUAACGAGUUUGGCAAAUACAGCCUCAUCUAACACAAUAUCAAGUAUUAUUGAUGCUAACGAUAAUAAUUAUAAUGUGACAACAACAGUAAUACCGGAAAAUGCAACGUUUAACGACAUUUCUUCAUUGAUUGUACAUUACGGAAAACCAACAAGACAAAUAUAUGAUAUGCUUAUCAAACAAAAUGAUGUUAUUGAACAAAUUAAUAAAAAAUUAGAUUCUAUUAGACGUGAACAAACAAAUUUACGGCGUUUAGUUGCUGCUAUUGUUGCUGAACCAGUAAACAAUCUAUGUAAUCCAACUGUUGUUGAUGCUGAUGGUUUUAGUCCAUUGAAUAUACCGAAAUCAGCAACUUUAAAUGGUUAUGCAAUUAAAGUUGCAAAAAAAUUUUUUACACAUGCUGAAUUACUUACUGCCUGUUUGGAAGAUUAUCAUGGUGAAGAGCAGUUAAUACCAUUAAAAAAAGAAAAAAUAGAUAAAUUAAAACAUAACGAAUUUGAUGAAUAUUGGUUGAUGGCAGGUAGACGUAAAUUAACCCAAUUUCUAUAUGAUUAUCGAUAUAAAAGUGAAAUAGAUAUUCAAAUGCAAAAUAAAGAGAAAAAUAGUCGACAAUCAAAACAACAACGGCAACCCACACCCGCAAAUUGA